AUGUCUCAAGUCGUGCUGCCCGCACUCAUCCCCGACAUCCCGCGCAUCUACCAAAUCUACUUUGACGCCUUUCGCGCCGACAAGAUGGGCGCGCUCAUGCUGCAGAUUCUCUUCCCCGGCGCCGGCGUCGUUGACCAAGAGUUCCUCAAGGCCCACGCCGCCGGCACCCUCAGCUACUGGCACCUCAGCGACUGCCAGUACACGCUCAAGGUCGUCGACACGGCCACGGGCGACAUCAUCGGCAUGGGCCUCGGCGACGUCUACCUGCGGGAGCGCACCCUGCCCGAACGCGCCAACCACGGCGUGCCCUGGCUCGAGGGCGAGCAGAAAGUCCGUGCUGAAAAGGUGUUGAAUCCCCUGUGGGAGGUACGGGAGAGACUGUUUGGUGGCCGUCGUUAUAUCUACUGCCAUGUCAUCGCCAUCGACCCCCAGCACCAGGGCCGCAAGGCUGGCGCCCUCAUUGUCCAGUGGGGCAUUGACCUCGGCGAGCAGGCGGGCCUGCCCGUCUACUUUGAGUCGUCGCCGUCCACCGUCGGCUUGUACAAGAAGAUGGGCUUCGAGGUGCUUGAGGAGCAGAUUGUGCACGAGGCCGCGCUGCUCGGCACUGACGAGGACAUUGUGGUGCCGCUCAUGGUCAGGAUGCCAUCGUGCGCAAAGGGUAUGAAGUUCAAAGAGUGGUGCGAGACGGGGUAUCCAGAAUUUGCGGUUGCAAAUCAGCUGUAA